GUGUAAUCUCAUUUCAUUGGCCUGAAUGACGUCAUGGUUUAUUUGGAUCGCAGGGGGUACGCGCAUGUGUUGACAAACUGUCAAAUAUUUUAGACACACCUGGAAACAAACGUUUAGAUGCUUUCUAGUAUUUCAUCUACAUUAAAGAAUGAAUGUGCCAUGUUCACCAGCGGACCAGUGUCAGAAAUAGAAAGUCAUGAAAGCUGAGGUUUUGUUGCGUAGAAGAGGAGAGACUAAGAUUGAGGAUGGAAGUAUGGAAUUAAAUGUUACCAUGGAAACAGAACAAUAUUCCCCAUCAGAUUUUAUCAAUCAUCUUGUCACAGAUGAAAGACAGACACAUUCCAGUUCCCCAGACGACAGAUGUUUAUUUACCAGACAGCAAGGAACUAAAUUGUCACCGCAGACCGUAAUCCGCCCCAUUCCAAUUCUACCUAUAGAUUCGUCUGUAUAUACAAGUCCACCAACUUACAUAGACAAUAUACAGGCAGCCAUAACUGUACCAGUCAUGCAACAUGCCCCACUUAUAGCCAGUCAUUUUGGGAAAAGUUCAAGUCUAAGUUUACCAGCAAACCAGGAAUCAGAGGUUUGCUCCAAAUCAGACUCAGUGGUAAAGUCCCAAGUAAGCCCAAAGAGCAUACUACAUAGCACAAAUGAUAUGCUAGACUGCAAAUGGAUGAACUGUGAACAACAAUUUAGUUGCAUGGAUGAUGUUCAUGUUCUUCUCCAUUGA